GGGCGCCGGGACCCCCGGCGAGGCUGCCACAGCCGCGCGCGUAGCAGCGCCCGAGCCCGCUGCGCAGGAAGGUGUGCUGGCCACUUGCAAGAGCUUGGGAGAGCUAUCUGAAGACCUAGGGUCUGAGGAGCCACAGACAGAAGGAGCCUAAACCCAGGUUCACUCAAUGCAACUUGAAGAAGAGAACAACCAUUCUUAUGUUGGGCCAGAGACAUGAACACACCUGCUAAGGAACGCUAAAUACUUGUGAGCUCCAUGAGCCCCUCCUGCCAUUAGGAAGACGACAUCAGAAAGACACAGAGUGGUGGCCUCUGGGAACCAGCUUCUUCCCCCUGGUCUUGGCCCUGCCCUUCCUGCGCAAGGUCCACAAUGGAGACACUCUCCCAGGACUCUUUGCUGGAAUGUCAGAUCUGUUUCAAUUAUUAUAGCCCUCGGCGAAGGCCCAAGUUGCUGGACUGUAAACACACCUGCUGCUCAGUGUGCCUCCAGCAGAUGAGGACAAGCCAGAAGGACGUGAGGUGCCCCUGGUGUCGAGGUAUCACCAAGCUGCCCCCAGGCUUCUCCGUGUCACAGCUCCCAGAUGACCCCGAGGUCCUAGCUGUGAUCGCUAUUCCGCACACUUCUGAGCACACCCCCGUUUUCAUCAAACUUCCCAGCAAUGGGUGCUACAUGCUGCCCCUACCCAUCUCUAAGGAGCGCACUCUGCUGCCUGGAGACAUGGGCUGCCGCCUGCUGCCCGGGAGCCAGCAGAAGUCUGUCACAGUGGUGACCAUCCCUGCUGAACAGCAGCCCCUGCAAGGUGGGGCUCCGCAGGAGGUGGUGGAGGAGGAGCCAGAUAGGCGGGGCGUGGUGAAAAGCUCCACCUGGUCGGGUGUGUGCACUGUCAUCCUGGUGGCCUGUGUCCUGGUCUUCCUCCUUGGCAUCGUGCUCCACAACAUGUCUUGCAUUUCUAAGCGCUUCACUGUGAUUUCCUGUGGCUGAUGUGGAGAGCAGGAGAUGCUCUGUGGGUGCCAACGUAGGGGUUGAGCAGGUGUUGGUAAUGGGAUCCCAGCUGAGAAGAUGGGGGGUGACACUGACCAUUUGGUGGCAAGCACUGGCCUUUGGGUUGCCACUGAAUUCACCUGAAGACAGAUGCCAAGGGCAGAAGGUGAGAUCGCAACAAGAUUCCAGGAAAAUUGUUCUGAGAAUUUAUGGCAACAGCUUUGAAGAUGAUUGCAUGCAUCCUCAUAAUCAUGUAUUAAAUGGGCUGUAAUUUAUGAUUUUUCAAGAUCAUGUUACAAGAUAAACAGAUUCUACUUAGACCUUCAGCAGCACACGUGCGUACAAUGUGAUCUUAGAACAGUAGAUUAAACCAGAGGUGCUGUGUAUACAAGUAGAAUUAAACCUCUAAUACAUGUGAAAUUCAGUGAAGACACACAGUACUGGCUUCUUUGCUUUUUCUUUUUUAAAUGAAACCCAGUCUUCAUUCAGUUGCUAAGGCUUUAUAUACAUUUUGAAUGGCAUCCAAAUCAAAAUAAGUGAAAAAGACUGUCGGGUUAUUUUUGGAGAAAAUAUUUCAACAAGUGUCUCCAGUGUGUUGUGUUUUGUCAUGUACCUUCCUUUUUCUUCACUUGUGAUUAGAUCCUGCUACAUGUUUAUUAAAUGGGAAGCCCAACAGGGGAGCAAUAAACCGAGAAAUAACGAGAAAUGCCUGAUCCCACAGCAAACCUGUAUGCCAAUUUUUCUCAAGCCAUCUCACAAAAUAAGAAUUUAAAAAUGUAAAUAUUGUGCAUUUGUAUAAGUGUGUGUAAUCUGAGUUACCUCGGGUUUUUGAAUCCUUUUGUAAGAAUCCCUGGAGCACGACAUCGUGGUGUGAAUGAAUCACUGGUCACACGGUGGGCAACUGUUCUUCCAGUGAGGCUUUCUUCUGUGUGAGCUCCAGCAUGCUCUCCUCUGCUUUAUGUUAAGUUCUGUAUUUUGUUAGGCACCAAUGAAAAGUAAGGAAAGAGCUUGACAUUUUUCUUAGUUUGAUGUAUUGUGAAAGCUGUGAGUGGUGUUAACCAGUAGCAAAGCUGGACGAGCAUUUUAACAGACAGUCUGUGGAUAUCUUUCACAGACACCAUUCCAAGACAGUUGAAUGUUUUUGAAUUCUUGUUUCAUCUUGUUGGUGUAAAGCGACAUCUUUUGUAUUUCAAAAUAUGUUUUUAUUAAGAAAAGUGAUAAGGUACACUAAUGACUCACACAUUUCGACAUAAGUGGACCAGUUCCUCAUGAAUGCUCAGCUAUUCUUAAAUGUGUUACCGUGUAUGGAUGCUUAUGAAGAAAGACCUGCUAGUGGUAACUGGUACAUUCCCAUCCCUGGCUGUCUGCAUUCAGAAGUAGCUGUGAGCUUUGUAGUUUAUUCUGUUUCCUUGUGUGGAAUUCAAGAAGUAAGAGCUAUGUGUCAAGUACUCCUCUCAAAUAUGUGUUAGAUUUCACUGAAUUCCUGAAAACUGUGGCAAAGGUGGUGGUGGUGUUUGGGGGGAAUAAGGGAAAGCUAAGUGGUGACUACUUCCAAAAAGCAACAUUAGAAAAUAGUCCUGUAAGAUUGAGACUACCUAAUUUAUUUAUAUGAUAUUAUCUUUAAACAGCACAAGCUAUGCAUACUAAAGUGAUGGAAUGAAUGUGAAAUUAAACAAAAGAAUAGGAUACAAAGCUAACACUUAAUUGACAUGAGAGUUCAAUUUAAAUUAUGAAUGCUGGUAUUUCAAAUCUUUCAAAUUUGUCCUAAGACCUUUAGAAAAUGUAUUUGAAGGCUCAAACUAGAAAUUAGGUUAAAGUACAAUUUUUAUUGUGUAAUCUAUUGGGCAUUAUACAACAAAUAAUCUAGGAUUUAUUUGGUAUUAAUAAUUUAGGUAUAUUAGCUGAAUACUAUCCUCUAUUACAUAACAUAAUAUACUGUUGGGUUAGUGUCAGUGUCUCAGCUCCCAGGCUGCUGCAAUGCGUGUCUGACCUAAUUUCUGUCUCUUGGAGGAAAAAGCAUGCAGAGAAAUGCUGCACCAAGAGUGCUGCAUUUCAGACAGACUUUGCAAUUUUAGUCCAUACCAUGUUCAGACUAAUUUUGUGAAUGAUAACUGCCUACAUUUGUGUACAGUAUGAAAUGACCAACUCUGUAGUGUAGUAUGUGAUAGAGUUCUACUUGUGUAGUAGGUUAUAUAUAGACACUAAUCUGUGUGAGGAAACAAUGUCCUGUGGUUCUUAGUGCAAAGCUGUAGAGUAAAAAUGUCCACUAAACUUUUACUUAAAAACAAUCCCGUGCUAGAACUGCCAUUAGGCAGUGCAGAAUUAACCGGCUCUCUGCUAGAUUCCUGACCUUACAAUAACUUAACAAUAGCAACCCGAAUCAGAAUUUUAUGUGCGAGUUUUACUGAAGUAAGAAACGUUAUUUAAAUUGUUAAGUGGAUUCUACUUGCAGUUUGCUCCCCAGUAUGUGAAUCGUGUGUGUGUGUGUGUGUGUGUGUGUGUGUGUGUUGGAGGAGGAGGAAGAGGGAGGGAGCUGCUUCAGCCUGCCAGAUAAAAUUUUUUUUACAUGUUUAAUGAUAUAUUUAUGUUAUUUGGCAUCCCGUUGCUCUGGCCUCUUCUGGCAUGUAUCUACAACACUAACAGCCUAUCUAUUCCAUGUGACAAAAGUCCAGCAACACAAAUGGGCAGAAUUCAUAGUUGCAUAUGAGUGAAAAGUCACAACUGAAAAGCACAAGGUAUUAAAGCUGUGGCCAUCCACUGCUAGCUUUGUUUUUUGUAGAUGAGUCUGUGGAGGCUAGUGAGGAGUGUGGAAGUUUGUAAUUAAUUCUGUUGUAAAGUGUGGAUAAAAGCUGUGUAUUAAUGUGCUCUGUUGUUCCUUCCUAGCUCUGUUGGUAUAUUUGUCUGGCUAGGCUUCUUUUCAGGGUUGUUGCCAAUCCUUUGUUUUGUCAACUGUUUGUUGCUUGAAGGUUUGUUUUGUAUGUGUAUUUCUUUACUUUAGUUAGCUAUCUCUCUGGGUAGGGAAUGGAGGUUGAUUUAGGGAUCAGUGUAGACAGUGAAAGAAAAUUAUCAAAUGGACCAUGUGACUGGAAUUUUUAAAAUUGAAAAAUAUUGGCCUGCUUUCUCCCCCAUGAGUUAGAGACAAUGAGUGUUAUGUAAAUAGUGAACUAUAUGAAGCAUGAAUUUUCAUCCUUAUUAAUGAUCUUGACAUAAGCAAGAGACUGCUUAAUAUGUUAAGUAGAGCCACAUGUGCCCUCCAAAAGCAUCGUCUUGGGAAAUUUUUUUGUAAAAUGACCUGGGGCAAUAAGGUGUGAUGAAAAUUAAAUUGGUUCUGAAUUCCAGUUCCAUGAUCAGAAAACUGAAAGUUUUUUUUUUUUUUAAGAAUAAAAUUCAGUUUAUUCUUGUGCAUGACUCACAGAGUGGGUCCCUUUGAAGUUCAACUGUUUGGUGGCAUAGCCCUUGGGGUUUUUAGAUCAGUGUUGUUCAAUAGAACUUCUGGAAUGAUAAUGCUAUUCUAUAACCUGUGCUGUCCAGUAUCGUAGUCACAGGCCACAGUGGCUGUUAGGGAAUUAAACUGGGGACAAUAUGGCUAUUAAACUGGUGUCUAAAUUUUAUUUAAAUAAUUUAAAUAGACCCAUGUGGCUAAUGGCUACCAUAUUGGCUACUAGCUAAGGUGUUUGUAAUAUAACAGUGAGGCUAAUGAGAGAGUUUGUGGGCUAAUAACAUGCAGUUGACAAAAAGAAAAAUUUUUUUCUGGGCUUAAAAAGUAGGUGAUCAAGUACUGCAAUAAGCAUUCAUAGGUUGCCCUUUGAGGUUAUUGAUACUUUGAACCAAGGAAUAAUUGGUGAAACUUAAACACUGCUUUAUUAAGUUCCUUUUCUGGGACCAUUAACUGCAUGUGAAUCUAUUGUCCAAAAUUAAUAGUUAGACAGUAGCUGUAAAAUGUUUGACUUGCAAGCUGUGCAUGACCUGUACUGUGAAAUUGUGUUUAGGGUCUUCUGGCCAAAAGUACUUGAUACUGGAAAAAAAAAAGUCCAAUGAAAACCCCCUUCACUUCCAGUAUUUUACCUAAUCUUCAUCACUGCAAUAGAAAUCUAAGAGCAAGCAUGCUUUGCAGUACUCAGAGAGUUUUUGUCUGCCCUUGAAGUCUGCUAGCUUGUCAUUGUAUUUGGUGUGGGCAUAUUUGGCAUCAUUUUUCAGAUGCCAGACUAAAAUAAGUAUUAUUUUUAGAGUGAGAUUUGACAUUGUUUUAGUAUCUCCCUUUAAUUUUAGUUAUCACUAAAAUAUUUGAAGCACAAAGCACUUUAAAAAGUUUUUUUUUUUUACAGUGGAAAAAAACAUUGCCCAGUGGAAUUUAAAAAUGGAAGGUUAUUAAAGCUACUGGAACUGCUUUUUAAAUGAGUAAAGGAAGAAGAAAAUUCAACUUGAGAUAUAUUUUCAUAUCAGACUGUUACUGUCAUCAGGUAUUUAUUGUAGUCUACAUUUUGAUUUAGAGAUUUUUCAUUUUUGAUUUAAAAAUCAGAGCUGUGUCAAAAUUGGUUUUCAUUAUUUCCCAAAUGUAAUGUAAACCAAAUGCAUUUGCUAUAUCAUAGCAGAAUUUAGCUUUUCAUUCUAGAACUUGCUAGUAAGCAUGAAUGUUCUUUUUAGCUUGUCUUUAAGAUUUUAUUUAAAAACUUUUUCAAAAUAGUAGUUUUUCUGUAGGCUUAAUUAGAAACCCAAAGGUUAUUUGUAUGAGUAAAAUGAUAGACAAAAGACUGCAAUUUCUGCCUCCCUAUAGAAAAAUACUGCUGCCAACUAGGCAGUGUUUUGCUUUCACACCAAAAUGUUGGCCAGUCGAUUUGUCAUCCUUGACCUAGAUGGAGAAGCUGUUCCUUGAUGUUUCCAUCAUUCUCAAUAAAACAUCACCCGCAAGGUAAUCCUUACCCAUACAGAAACUAGAGAAGAAUGAGGUUGCCAAAAUAAUUUAGUGACUGUUUUGGAAAUAAUCAUCUAUUUCAAAUGCAAUGAUGAUCAGCUGCUGGGUUUUUUUCAACAUGAAAUACUUCUCAAAAAUAAGUGGCAAUUCAAUUAAUCAAUUUUUCUGAUGCAAUUGACUCACUACACACACACAGAUACACAUACACGUGCACACUCACCUAUCUGAUUUUUCUAUAAUUGAUAUUUAUGGUAAAAAAGAUGUUGGAUAUGUCUCCCAAUUUGUAGAUUAUGUAAUGUUGAAUUUAGAGUAUUUCCUAAGAAUUGCUAAGUUGCGUACAUUACAUCCAGGCAACUACUUUUGGAAAUGUCUAUUGAACUAAACUCUCCAGACUUCUUAUAUGCAGGAAGAGGUGGGUUCUACUGUGCAUAGUUAGUGGAAGAACCUUUGAUUGUUGAGAAACAUAAGCAAGUGGGGCAUUUAAUUUUUAUCUUCCAAAUAGCUUACUUCUUGGCUCUGCUUGAGGAGUUGGGAUGGUGUGCCAGUAUUCUUGCAUUCCCACAAUGUAUUUUCCAUUUUUUCUACACAAGUUUCAUUGCUCAACCUGGUCAAUGAUCUUUUGAUUUUUUCUGGAUUCACUGCCUGUGGUAUGCCACCGUGUGUAUCACACUUAAUCAGGUAGUGGUGUUUGAACACUCAUCUUGUUAGCUAAAUUUUAUUCUAAUAUAAUGUUUAAAGGGCAAUCAGUAGUUUUAAGCAAGAUAUUGAGAGGUCUCUUGAGACCUGCAACAGAGUUUAUUUUCUUGGUUUUAGCAGAGAUGUUCCCUUCUAACUGUCCCCAUUCUUCUAGAACACUGUUUAAAUUUAUCAUCAAAGGGUACAAGGCUAGUAGCUCAUGGGGAAAUCUUGUAUAAUCUCCUUGAAGUGUGAAUUCCUGGGAUAUUCUAAUAAGAGUUUUCCAAAGAGAUGGUCAGUUUUUAUGCUGACAUUUGCUUUGUGAACCCAGAAGGUGGUUGGAUCUGAUAGUGGUAAAGGAGCAUGAGAAGAGAGGAGAAAGACAUAGCAAAUACCUCUUAUAGGAGGAACAAGUUGAUGUAUCUCUAAUAGUGAAAGCACACACUAGCUUCUAUCUCACCUGGUUCUGGCUGGAUUGGCUGGAAGACAACCCAACUACUAAAUAGACCUCUUUGGGAGAGGUAAUGACAAAGCCAGCAGUCUAUGUUGAUGGUUAGGCAGAGAAAAUACUUAAAGAAGGAAGAUUUAUAUUGGGGUGGUAGCUGCAAACAAGCCAUACACAUUGAAAUGAGUCAUGGCAGAAGCCGGCUGAACAAAGUAGCACAGGGGAGCUGGGAUAACUUAGUCAAGCACAACUUGCUUUCAAAUGUGGGUACCAAAUUCAGUUCAAGAUUGGUGAGCUGAAAACACACAGGAAAUGUGCUCAGCUAAUUAAUGAUUUCUUCAUGAGGCCCAUUUUCCUUGUUAUCCUCAGCCUUACUCUUUGAGUCAGGUUGUCAGCACUCUAUAGACAAUUCCAGAGUCUGCUCCAGUUGGAGUUGAUGGUUGAUGCAGUACAAAUGGAGGCGUCUAAACUGUGGAAUGCACUACCUAAUUUUGUGGAUCUAUCUUGAGUAUCUUAAUACUGUUGAGAAAAUUAAUCGAAUGUUUUGGUUUACAUACUGAUUGUUGUCAUGUAUUAUAUUUAUUUGUUCCACUGUUUGUGUUUGUCUCACUGGACAGUUACAGGUGUGGAAGCUGGCUUCAGCGUGAGGUGGUUGCAGACUCCUCUGACAUAAGCCAUGUAGCUGCUGUCCUGGGUUCUGCCCAUUCUUAACAGCUUCAGGUGGAUUCUCUAGCCCCCUGGAUAACAAGUAUUCCAGACAAAUGGCUGGAUUAAUGCUACUCAGAGGCUGUUUGCUCAAGUCCUUGACAUGUUUCUUUUACAAUUAUGUGGACUAUUUAUUUUAAGAGCUUUUCUUUUAAAGGGCCAGAUCUCCCUACAGAUAAAUGAGCUGCUAGGCUGUGUAGAAAAUAAUGUCCAAAUGUUGCCAAAUAUUGACUUCAUAAAGGGGAUAUCAAGCUGCUGUUUAUAAAUCUGAAUGUCUUAAAAGCAUUCUUGCUUGCUCUCUCUGUUAUAGAUGGUGUCUUAGCCAGUCCUGAGUUUUUCCAAUGAACCCAAUUUUAAUAUAUGGUAUUUUUGUAUGCCAAACUGGUGUCUUGUCCUUUGUAUAUGUGGUAAUGUUGAUUUUAUGACUACUGUUAAAACACAUUUGCUAUGAUUAAAAUUCAAUAUGGU